GGGGAAAAGCCACAUUCCUGGUCUGAGUGCGGGAAAUGUUUUUUAGAGAAGUCCAUCUUUCCAAACAUCAGAGAUCUCACACGGGGGGAGAAGCCGUAUUCCUGUCCUGAGUGCAGGAAAUGUUUUUCAUUAAAGUCCAGUCUUUCCAAGCAUCAGAGAUCUCACACAGGGGAGAAGCCGUAUACCUGUCCUGAAGCGGGAAAUGUUUUUUCACAAAUGUCUAAUCUUAAAACACAUCAGAGAUCUCACACAGGGGAGAAGCCAUAUUCCUGUCCUGAGUGCGGGAAAUGUUUUUCACAGAAAAUCCAGUCUUUAUACACAUCAGAGAUCUCACACGGGAAGAAGCUGUAUUCCUGUUCUGAGUGUGGGAAAUGUUUUUCACGGAAGUUCCAUCUUCACACACAUCAGAGAUCUCAUACGGGGGAGAAGCCGUAUUCCUGUCCUGAGUGCGGGAAAUGUUUUUCAGAGAAGUACAGUCUUCAGACACAUCAGAGAUUGCACACAGGGGAAAAGCUAUAUUCUUGUCCUGAGUGUGGGAAAUGUUUUUUCUCAGAAGUCUAG